AUGAAUAAUGAAAUACAGGUAAAAGAAAAUUAUGGAAAAUCAUUAAAAAUUGCUAUAAUAAUUGUAAUAGAAAAUAAAGAUAAUUUUAAUAAAUAUAAAUUAGCAUUAACAUCAUUAGAAUGUUAUACAAAAGGACGAAAUUAUAUUUUUAAAAUUUUAGAUUUUAAUGAAAAUAGAAAUCUUUCUAUAUUAUGUCCUCAGGAUGAUUUCUUUUUUGCUAGACAUUGUGCUGUUGGAAAAUAUUUAGAAGAACAUGAUAAGAAUAUUGAUUAUGGUAUUGUUUUAGAUGGAGAUAUCGGAGUAAUGAAUCCAAAUAAAUUUCUUGAAGAUUAUUUACCAAAAAAUGAUAAUGAAUUUAUUGUAAUGGCACAAAGAUUAUUUACCCAUGAAUUUGCUGCAUCACCAUUAAUAAUAAAAAAUUGUAUUGAGGGAAGAAAUUUUUUAUAUGAAUGGAGUGAAUUUUUUUAUCGUACACCAUCUAAUUUUCAUGGAUCUGAUAACGGUGCUGUAAUGCAAUUUUUUAUGCAUAAAUUUUUAAAUUAUAGUUAUACAAGGCAAAUGAAUCGUUGUUAUGAUUUAUAUGAAAAAAUAUAUGAAUGGGAAGCAUUUAGAAAGUUUACUAUUUGUACUAUGGCAAUGUUAUAUCAAAUUUCUCUAGAUAAUAAUGUUAAUGGAGAUCUUUUAUAUAAAAAUGGAAGUAUUAGAGUUUUAAGAAGAUUUCCAUUUAGAUCAUUUGUUAGAGAUAUCUGGGAAACAAAAAGUAAAAUAUCUAAUGAUGAUUUUUUUCUUCAUGGUUUAAAAGAAAUUAAUAUGGGAAAAAAAGUUCUUUUUGGACACUGGAAAAAUCCAUUAACUAUUAAUGAGUUUGAUUUAAAAAAAUGUAAUCAUUCAAAUUUUACAAAAUUAUGGCAAUAUAAAAAAAAUUAUAUAAUUCAGUCGUCAAAAGUUUAUUCAAUUUUAUUAUCAGUAAAAUUAACAAUAGAAAAAGAAUAUAACAAAUCAAUUUAUUCAAAGAUUUCUGAAUUAAAUAAUUAUCCUGUCAUUGAUGAUAAUAUAUAUAUUGCAUCAAUUUUUGAAAAUGAAUUAGAUGAUAUAAAAAUUAUAUUGUUUACAAUAUCAAUUAACUCAACAAGAAAAAUUCCUUUUGAUAAUAUAAAAAAAUUAGAACAAUAUCGAUUUGAAGAUCAAUUAAAAUUAAAUUACAAAUCUUAUAAAGGUGUAAUUAUAGAUUCACAAUCAUAUGAAAAUAUGUUUUCAAAAUAUUUUUUAAAUCAUAUCAACCAAAAAAAAUUUAUCACAAUACCUAGUGAUAAUAAUGUUGAUGGUUUUAGUGUAUGUACACCUAUUUUAUUUAAUUUUUCAAAUUUAGGAAAAAUAAUUCAUUUUUUCACAUAUUGGAAAUCACAAAAUGCUUCAUAUUUUAUUGUUUAUUAUCAUUCAUGGACAAAGAAAAUUAAUGAUUUUAUUAAUGAUAUAAAAAAUGAAUUAAAUAUUAAUAUUGUAUUUUGGAGUAAUUUACCUUUUAAUUCUAAUAAGUCUGACUAUUUGAAUCCUAAUUUUCAAACUAAUUAUCAUUUUCAACGCCUUGCUGAAUUAGAUUGUAUUUAUAGGAGCAAAAAUAAAGUAAAAUUUGUUAUUCAAUCUCAAUUAGAUGAAGAAAUUAACAAUAAAAAUAUAAAUUUUCUUUUCUCACAAAUGAUGGAACUAUAUCCUGAUGCAUCAGGUUUACGCUUUCCAUAUUAUUCUAAAGUAAUUACAAGUAUCAAUGAUAUACUUGUAGUAUAUGAAAAAGAUUUCAUAAAUAUAGAUAAAAAAUCUCUUGUAAUGUAUAAUUUGGAUUUUAAUGAUAUAGAUAAUAUAAAUGAUAAUCUUAUUAAUAUAAACUAUAAUCAAAAUUUUGUUUAUCAAGUUGGUUAUAAAAAAAUAACAAUUACAACCAAAAAAAAUGUAGUAUACACUGAUUGGUUAGUUCCUCUUCAUCAUUGGAACAGAGAAAAAUGGAAAGUUUCUAAUAAUAGUUGGCUGGUAAUAUAA